AUGCCACAAAAACAUAGUUCAAUAAAUGCAAAAACCUCGUCGGUGAUAAUAUCACAGAAAACCACCACAAUAACGAUAACAAAACCAGCAAAGUCAGCAAAGUCAGCAAAAACAAAAAUAUCAAUAUCAGAAACCAUUCCACCCGAAAUAUUCCUCGAAAUAUGUGAUCACUUGGAACUAAGGGAUCUCUUCGCACUAUCAGGAGUGUGUAGAAGAUACCGACAACUGUUAAAUUCCACGGCAUCAACAGUCACACAACAAAUAUGGAAGUCGGCUAGACAUCGCUGUCUACCAGAUUUUAUGCUUCCUCCUCCAUGUGAUGUAAGUGAACAACGGUAUAUUUGGUUAUCUUUGGCGACAACCAGAUGCGAAUUUUGUCAGUCAAAAGACUCGAUGGCGCAUAUUUAUUGGGUAUUUCGUGUUAGAUGUUGUACCAGAUGUUUGGUUGAAAGAACGAUAAGUAAGCAGAAAUUAUUAAAAGAAGGAAAAAUUUCCAAAACGGUAAUGUCAUGUCUCCCAUACAUACACCCAUGCGACUAUCGAUUGUAUUGGCAUUCCGAUAUUCUCAAAGCACAACAAGAAUUUGAAAAUCUAGCACCCGAAGAAAUUGCAUCAUGGGUACUAAAAAAACACCAAAUCGCCUAUCAAAUAACCCACGAUGCAAAAAUCCGCGAACACGCCUACAACCAUCAACAAUAUCAAAACGGGGUAAACGUCGGCUACCAAAUCGGCUACGACAAUUGUACGCGACGUGCCGGAAUGAUGUUAAAAGAGCUUGGUCAAGAACUUCUGUGCGAUACCACAAAUCUACCGAAAUCAUCAACUUAUCGCGAGUGGGAGAAAUUUUUUGAUCCGCAUUGGGAAGAGGUCAUGUGGGAGGAAUGGCGUGUCGCUAUGAAAAAAGAAUGUGUUAGGGCGAAUAAUCGGAAGAAAGCUUUAGGUGUCAGAAUCCUUUCUGGAAAAUGUCUUCUCAGCAGCGUUCUUCAGGAAGAAAAAGCUUUGGUGUUGUUGCUUCGAGUUCUCGGAAUACAAGUACCUUUUAUUGAUUCGAUGAAAUUUGCGAGAGAUCGAGGCUCAACAAGCAGAGGAGGUACAGGUCGAAAACCUGUUAGAUAUCGUGCUGGUACUAAAGUACUUCGUGAAAUUCGAAAAUAUCAGCAAUCUACGAGUUUAUUAUUGAGGAAAUUACCAUUUGCUCGAGUUGUCCGUGAAAUUGCUGUGGAUAUGAUGACCGGCAGUGAUGGGACUGGAUUAAGAUGGCAAAGUAGUGCACUUUUAGCGUUACAGGAGGCCACAGAAGCGUUUCUUGUUCAUUUGUUUGAAGAUGCAAAUCUUUGUGCCAUUCACGCGAAACGAGUCACGAUUAUGCAAAAAGAUAUUCAAUUGGCGAGACGGAUUCGAGGUCCGUGGGGUGGCUUGGGGUAA